UAGCCGGCCAGGCUCAGAGCUCCUCCGAGAGAACUCGCGGAAGGACGUUACCGCUGCGUGUCGCGUACAUCCCCAUAUCUUUAUACGGGGCUAUCCGUCUACGCUAGCUAUCUUUUUAGGACAAUGUCGCUCUGACAUCUGCUUGUCACGGGCUCGAUUCCCUGGACGAAUAUUCCCACCAAGUGCGUCUACGGUUCCGCUGCGAUUCGAGGAUUUCUUGGAUAGUUACGGACAACACACGUACAAAGGGAAGCGAUAUGCGUCUAAGUAACGAUGCAGUUGUGCUGGAAAAUGUUCUUACCAACUGAUGAGAUAAUGAUGAUGUAAAGAUUUCGGGGUUGCAUGUUGUUUGUAGCUGGAAAAUAAGGCUUUUAAACAUACAUAGAAUUAAAAAGGGAAUUCGCAAGAUAACUUAUUUUCUUUGAAAGUGAUUAAAUUACAAUAUUCGUCUGUACGUCAGUUGUGUCUCAAAGUUAGUGACUGGAUUCCAGAUUGGAGUUUUUAGCUGCAGUGGAACGAGAGAGCUAACAGGUGAAGGAUCAGAAGGGAAUAACCGAAACUUCGAGAAGUAAAUGUCCCUCUCGUAAAAAGUGCCACUCCUCUGAGCGACUUCAGGAGCGUCCCUGGGACACCAGUGUUGUUUCUCGUUCCGUUUCCUGUUCUGAGAGUACUUGACUCCAUUAGUUCCAUUGGCUUUAGCCGAGGAACAAUACCCCCAUGACAAUAGCUCUCUCUCUCUCUCUCCCCCUUCGUAAGAAAGAAAAAGGGGACCCCAUUCUCUGAUAGUUUAUCGUCUGGUCCUUCGUUCCCGGAUUCCUUUGUGCGAUGAAGAAAACUGCAAUGGCUUUCUUCCUCAAGUUGGUCUGGGCUCACGAUUGGCUAGAAGUGGUUUCGAGUGAAUUGUAGUGGAUAGCGACAAAUUCCGGUGAAAUAGCUGGUGUUGCCAUCUAGACCACAAUAGAAUGAAUCUAUAACUAAAGCUUUCGUUACAUAUAUUUUUUGAGGCGGAAUAGCUUGCGGAAGAAAGCGUGCAAUGUUGUGCUAAAAGAUUUUAGUGGUUAAAUUCAGUCAAGACAAAGGAACAAAAGUAUUUUUAUCUAAUAUACCGAAACAAGCCUGGUAGAUAUGUCCAAGAUUUAGCAUAAUACUCCAACUUGAAGAUGAUGCUGUUCCAGGUAUCAUUAAGCUCUGCCCUGACUUGUCUACUGUUCAUCGCUGGACUGUUAGGUUGCACAGUUGAAGCCCUAAAAGUGAAGGCGGUGAAUGUUCCGUCGCAUCAAGUCACAGGGGCCUCUGUGGAGUUGGAGUGCCACUAUGACCUUGAGGGGGACGACCUGUACUCUGUCAAGUGGUACAGAGGCCAACAUGAGUUCUUUCGCUACGUCCCCGGGGAUAGUCCGGCUGUCCAGAUUUUCGACCUCCCAGGAGUGGCUGUUGAUACCGCCUUGAGCGACGAACGGAAGGUAACCCUCCGAACAGUCAGCCUCCAGUCAUCUGGCAAGUACAAGUGUGAGGUGUCAGCAGAUGCUCCUUCCUUUCACACGGAGUCCAAGAGCGCCGAGAUGCUCGUCGUAGAUUUACCAGACGAAGUGCCAACCAUUAGCGGGGGAAGGUCCAAGUACCAUGUUGGAGACGAAGUUCAUGUAAACUGCACCUCAGCCAGAUCUAGACCAGCUGCAUCCUUAAUGUGGUACAUAAACGACCAACAGGCUGACAGUAGGAUUUUGGUGGAGUAUGCACCUGUCAAUGACAGCGACGGUCUAGAAACCUCUCGAUUGGGACUGCGAUUCGUCGUCGGGCCCCGACACUUUCCUUCAGGAGAACUCAGGCUAAAGUGCACAGCGACGAUCGCUGCUGUAUACUGGCAAAGUUCAGAGGAAUCAGUAGAAGGGCAACUUCCCCAGACAGGUCCCGCCCUUGAAAGCAAAGGUGUCUACACAGGUGGGUGUAGCCGCUCUCUUCCCAGCAAGUGGAUAGGAGCCCUUUGCUUGGUGGGCCUCCGUCUGCUCUUCCCGGUCUUCACCCAUUUGUAGAGAGAAUCCAGUCCCGCCAAAGUUUCCCCCCAUGUCACCGGUAGCUGCAGUCUUAUGAUCCCGGAUAUUGAUAAUACCCAUCCUCCUCCUCCUUGCUUUGUGCUCAGUUCUAGAGGAGAGACGAGGAGGAGGUCGUGUGGCCCUUGAGGACAUUUUUCUACUGAAGGAAAGAAAGAGACGGAGAAUGUAAAUCAAGGAAAUGCAUCAAGCAAUCAGUCAUUUUACAAAGAGUGGCCCUCAUUCAUUUCUUGGCCAUCCUUCACGUCACGACAGAAGGUAGAAAUCUGAAAUGAUAGACUAUCAUGCGACAGAGAGAGAGAGAGAGAGAGAGAGAGAGAGAAUCUUGGUCUGCAGCUUCUGUUUCUAAUUAAUGUUCUCAAACUUGAAAAGACGGUUCUCUCCCCUAACACUUCACAGUCAAUGAAAACUUGUGCUCAUUUGACAAAUAUUCUCGAGAUGGAAAUGAACCAAUACCUGAUGGAAAUUUUCUGUGACAAGACAAAAACAUUUCGCUACUUUUGUGGAAAAGGAAUUUUGAAUAAUUUAUUCCAAAGGAAAUUAGCCGUAAUAUUUUGAUGUUCAAGAUAUAAGUAAAAGAAAGUGAUUACAAACUCUUUAAAAAAGUACUUGCAGAAACAGCACAGUUAUAUCAGUUAUCAAAAUGAAUGAAAGUGGAGAAAUGAACACUUGAACUGAAGUAUUCGAUGAGACAGUACCCUAGUGGUGUUUAACUGUUUGACAUGAUGGAUGGAACUGAAAUUCAAAACCGAAUUAAGUUCUUGCAGCAAUAGUUAAGACACUCAUUUUUACUUCUUGUGACGGACUUCUUGACAAAUUGAAAAUUCGAGAAGAUAAAUGUAAUUCAAACAUAUCAAUAUCGACUGGAAAGAUUUCCUGAAACUAAUCUAUUGAAGAAGAAAUAUUUUAUCUAUUUUAUCUAGAAUGUAUUUACAAUGGUCAUACCAUAACAAAGCAUAAUAGUUCAGCCAUUGUUCCUCCAUUUUUUUUAUUUUGACUCAUGAACUGACUCCGGCUGUUUGCCGCUGACCUAGGUCGAGAUCUCUCACGUCAGAAGAAAGGGAAGGGCAUUUUUUGUCGACCUCUGAGCCUUACCUUCGUGGUAAAGAAAGAUUUUCCAAUGUAGAGAUUAUACAAUAUUGUUGCAUAUUUCUUGGGGUUGUGGCUGCACUUCCAGAGGUCGGCUGCACUCCAGGAAAUCAUUUGUUUACAUUUAGCAGUGAUGUUAUAGCGACGAAUUUUUCGGCCAAGACGUUUUUUGUCUUUCAGAAGCGAUAUCAGUAUCGUGUACGAUAAGUCAACUCAGAUUUUGUAAGUUACACUGUUUCUCUCUUUCCUCUGUCUUUCUUUCGAAGGCUUUUCUCAACUGUUCUCACAAUGCUUUUCUUUUUCUUCCUUUGAUGCUACUACGACUACUACUACUGCUACCAUCAAUGUCUUUAUAAGCACUUUCGAUAGUGAGACAUGCACAAAUGUUCUUAUUCAUAAAAAAAUUAUUCCUUUGCUCUUCGUCAUUGAUAAAUGUGUAAUGAGGACUUGAUAUAUUAGAUAUAUUUUGAAAUAAAUUGUAAUCGUUGUAAAUAGAUAAGGAAUAUUCAUUUGGUGACGUACUCCUGUUAUAUCGUUAUUGUUGUGCAUCAGUGACCAACUUCAGUCUCAUUUUCUCAGAUUUAAAAUUUUUGGAAACUAUUGCCUAUGACAUUUGUUACAAUCUUCCUUGUAUUCCCAAGUUCUCCUUUUGACAAAGAUCUUUCUUUCCUUCUGUCCACGUAUGGUGACGUAAGCUAGAGUUCCUUUCCUAUCUUUCUCCUCAGUCUUCUCUUCUCUCUCUCUCUCUCUCUCUCUCUCUCUCUCUCUCUCUCUCUCUCUCUCUGUUUGCUUAAGUCAUGGUGGUCUUGCUGGACCUCUUAUAAAAUUAAGAAAUUACUGGGUUUUUAUUAAAUUUCAGCAUUUCAUAUUGAGCACAUGGCAGUGAUCACAUCCUCCCGCCUCUUAAGAAACGUGAAGUUUCUCUUCUCCCUCAGCAACCAACUUGAAAGAUGAUUUUUUUUUCCUCAGAAUAGAUGUCUUUUCACAUAUGUUAUUUGAUAAACAUCCUCUUUGCACGCAAGGUUCAGCCAAGGUUACCAGCGUCAUACCAACCCCUAUUUUCUGUCAUGCCAGUGAUAUAGGCCUUUAUAUUUACUAACGUUAGUAGUUGUGUAUGUAUAAACAUUACAUGAAGAAAACGUGGCCGCUUGAGGCCAUUAUUUCGCCCGUGCCAUUUCUAAUUGUCUGUUUUCUGGUGUUUCUGUGAGUUGUUUUUACAUAAGGUAACGAUGUGAUAUCCUCUAUCACUUAAUGUAGUGUCGUUGAGGACACGCGAUGAUAUUCAUAGGUUAUUUUGAGCAGCAGCAUAACGCAAUUUUUGUAAUAGCUCUUCAUUCAGCAACUUUUUUUUUCUUCCUGGUAGAUCGUUCGACAAUAGGUAAGCCAUUACAUAGAACGCGGUUAGUAUGUCUUGAAAUACAUUCUUCCAGUUUCUACCCAACCUACGGUUAACCAGAAAAAUAAAUAAGAUUGUUAUGGAGACUCAUCACUGUAAAUAUUUAUAGGUUAAUAUAUAGUGUCAUAGUGUUACGUGUUGUUAUAAAUGCCAAUAAAACAACAAGGGACAGGAAAAUUUUUAUAUGAAUACUUUUGGUUCUCCAUUGGGUAUCGAAGAAAAAUAAUACGCCACGAGAUGAUGUUAUAUUUCAGUCACAGCUUUUAUAUCAUGAACUGAAUGUCUUGAAUGAGGGCGUGUGAUAAAUGUCAUUAAUAAUAAAAAAGAUGUUAAAUAACGCUUGUUUUGUAGCCACCGGGUCUUGGCACAACUCAUUUUUAAGGCUUCUUGUGUCCAAGCUUCAAAAAUCCCAAUGACAAGGUGAUUAUGUCCUUUUAAGGCUACACUCCUUUAAUCAGAAUUUCAUUAACAGGAUCACUGCAACCGAGAUAUCACUCCUUGGGACAUGUACCUCUGCCCUGACUUGAAAUGCGAUGCUUUGUUCAAGGUGUGUGUGUGUGUGUGUGUGUGUGUGUGGAUGUUUCACUUGUGCUCAUGGCAAGGGGCAUUGAGAUAACUGCAAGUCGUCAUCGAUAACUGUGAACAUUUCAAUAACAAUUCGUUUUUAGUCAGGUAUACUAAGUCUGGCUGGUAACAUACUGAAGGUCAAUAUUGGCUUUAUUUGACUUAAAUUAAAUCUUAAUAUCAAAAUAAGGUUAGUGUAUGGGAAUACUGUACUUUACUGACAAAACGGAUUAUACUGAAUUUAUGAAAUAGUAACAAGCCAUUAUGCGCUCAUCGUUUGGAAUAUAACUUACUUUUGCAAGUGAAAUUGGAGCGGGAGAAAAUCCAUGCGAAGAAUUUUGGUUGUUCACGCUGGAGUGUAGUAAUGUAAUGGCACAGAUCUACGUAUGAAUGACAUAGUUGACAAAACGAAACGUUUGCUUGUGAUGAACGUUUGGAUGCGUUUCUCUCCCGACCACUGCUGUUCCUCAAUUCACUUGGAGUGUGGACACAAGAAAGUCUUCUAUAACCUGUACAUAGAAUAGGUGUUGAAUAGCCGCAUAUUUUUUACUAUUUGCGCCGCAGCGGAACCUAUUCGCCCCUUUUUCGUCAGAGGCGGCCGUUCUCCUCAAAUGGGCGUCCCGACAGAGGUCAUUUAUCGCUAUUAAGGUAUAAACGAUAAAGAUAUUGCACUUUGUAUUUUUAUAUAUUAGUUUCCGUUGGUAGUUUAGGUAGAAUAUCCAAAAUAAUACUGAAAAAAAAUUAUAUCUCACUAAUGAUAUUCAUGGAUGCUAUUAUUAUUAUUAUCAUUUGUUUCCUUUUCGUGAAGGCGUGAGAUUGGUAGUCACUUCAUGGGAUUUUCUCCAUGUACUAUACUCGUACGUCUCGUUCUCUCUAAGACGAUGAACACCCGGUGGUUGAUCAAUCAUUAGCUCCAGAUGGUACGAUUUAGAUUAACUCUUGCCAGCAUAUAUUCAAAACUUCUCCGUAUAUACUGUGCGCAUAUGAAGUAAAAUAUGGUAGUCACGUUAUGUCCUUUAUUUAGUAACAUUUUGAAAAGCCCUAGAAAUCAUUAGUUUAUCAGUUGGUUUAGCGAACAAUCGCUUAUUCCCUUGUCAUCAACCGAAUUCGUUCGUUGAUGCUGGUGUGUUCUUCCUCUUGAGACGAACAAAACGUACUAACCUUCUCAGCGGUGUGCUGGUUAGGAAGUUAUUACUUUGUUUCAUAUAACCAACUUUUCUUUCCUUUGUCAUUUUUGGUUGAAUUCAAUGCACAUGAAUCUUCUACGUAUAUGUCUGUGAGUACUGCCUAAAAGUUACGUAAAAAAAAAGAAGCUCUAAUACGAAUGUAUAUUCACUGUAUAAAUGCAUUUUCAUGUUUUCAUGCUAGUAUUGUAUUUGCUCUGAGACUGUAUCGAAGUAGCUUAAAAACUCUAUCGGAAGGAGACUCAUUCUCGCAUGAUCGAGAUCCUGUCUCGCGAAUGGUGUCUCUGUCUGCACCAGAGCACAAAGAAGAAGAAGAAGGAAACAAUAAUAUGAGGAUGAGGAACUGUGAGGUCGUCGUUCACGUGACUGGCGCCAGAACGGAUCUUACACUGAUCACGGUGAAUUCAGUGUUGUGUGUGUUGACAUGUAUGUUGUUUAUCAUGAAAAAAAAAAAAUGUCAUGCUUCCCUAUUUUCAUAUCACUUUUCCCCCACCCUGGAGGAGCGUGUCAUAGUUUAUACUUACGAUAUAUUUGUACUCUUAAGAAUAUACAUCAAAUGAGAAAUCAUUUUCGUCACGAUACGAUUUUAACUUGCUUUACCAUACUUUCGGAUUGUUCAGUCUCUGUUUACCUUAUACAUAUCUGAGCGCAUAUCUGCAAUUAAUAGGUCGAGAUGUGUGCUGAACUGAUAUUCUUAUGGCGAUUCCUCAAAAGCAAAUAAUGCAAUGGUUUGCUUUGCUGGGCGGUUGUAUAAUAUGCGAAGUACAAAGAAAUAUUGUAUUUAAGAAUUUGAAUGAGCGCCAUAUAGUUAGGUAUAUAUCUUCACCAAAUUGUAAUGAGUGUAUCAAUAUUACACACUGAAAAAUUUGGAUAUUUUUUUCUUUAAGUCUGGGCAUGGGCUGCAUUGCAAAAUCUAUUCAUCAAAAAUUUAUCCAACACUUUUUCAUUUUCUCUUUCAUUAUCCAACAUCGAUGACUAAAGGCGAAUGCGACAAAAUGGAAUACACAUAAAAUAACAAAUGAAUUUGCUAACAAUACCUGAAAUUUCACAUUCAAACCAAGCUUAAUGUACUAGCAAUUGUGGCGCCAGCUCAUUCAUUACCUCAAACACUUACAGUAAAGUGGGAUAUUGGAUGACCAUCAGAAAAGAAAUAUUUAGAAAAGUCAGUUCACUACAUUCGCACAAUUAUGUUAAGUAAACUCUCUCUCUCUCUCUCUCUCUCUCUCUCUCUCUCUCUCUCUCUCUCUCUCUCUCUCUUUCAUUAUACUUCCUGUUUCUCUAAAAAAUUAUCAAAAAUUCUAUCAUUAUAUAUCAGCGGUUAUUCAUUCAUUAGGAAAAAAAAAUUACCAAUACCUAUAAGUCCUAUUUUUAUACUAAUAUAUAAAAGGCAUCUUCAAAAACAUUACCAUAUCCUAAUUAUAUAUAUUUAAUGUGAUCUCGCAUAUCAACUUAUAAUAAAAAAAUAUAUUAUUAAAGUAUGCUACUUCUUCACAUAUCGAAUCGUAAUGUUACUUCACAAACGAUAUAAUGAAUAUUAUUUCUGGUGUUUGCUUUAUCUUCAAACCAAGAUAAUUCUUUUAUCUUUAUAUGUUAUAAUCUAUUUAAGAGAGUAUAUAAAUUAUGCUAAUAAUUUCGUGCUUUUUACAUUAUAUCUGAUUGUGGUACUUUCUGUAAAACGCGAAAUAGUGUCUUCUCUCUCUCUCUCUCUCUCUCUCUCUCUCUCUCUCUCUCUCUCUCUCUCUCUCUCUCUCUCUCUCUCUCUUCUCCUAACGCUGAGAGAUAAGGGGAGGUAUUCUGUACCAGCAAAUCCUUGUUUCAAACAAUAAUUUCAAUUCCUAAACAAAUGGGUGAUAAUGACGUUAGUUACUGUACAUAGGAAAUCUCACUUAGCCUAGAGCUAAUCUUUCUCAACAUCACUUUCGAAGACUCAUGCCGUCUAUAUUAUUAUGUGUCGAGAAUGAUAUUUACAGUUUAUAUUAGCUGUUUAUUGGUAGGUCUCUGUAGACAUUUAAGAUGGGAAAUAUUUCGCCUGCCAUGAGGCGGAGGAAAACAUAUCUGUAUAAUUAAUUAUGAUCUUGUAAAUAAAGAGAAACGUUCGUAUG